ACUCCCAUCUCUCAACUCGACUUACGUUAAGCCGCAGCUCGUCUCUCAACUCUCAUCUCUCAGCUCGUCGACUCUUAAGUUCAGGCAAGCCGCUUCUCACUGGCCACUGCUCAGUGCUCGCUCGCGAGUCGCGCCUCGAAGCAACACAGCCACAGGCCACAGGUGAUGAGGUAUUGAGGUGAAAACUUACCUUUUGCACAAACUUGAUAUUUGAACAGGUAAUUUACAAUCAUGUCGUGGUGCACUAUUGAGUCUGAUCCUGGGGUUUUUACUGAACUUAUGCAGCAGAUGCAAGUAAAAGGUGUGCAGGUCGAGGAGUUGUAUUCUUUGGAUCUUGAUGAGCUCAACAGUCUUAGGCCUGUGUACGGUUUGAUAUUCCUUUUCAAAUGGCGUCCUGGUGAAAAAGAUGAUCGCCUUGUGAUCAAGGACCCAAACCCAAACCUAUUCUUUGCUAGUCAGGUGAUAAACAAUGCUUGUGCUACCCAAGCAAUCCUUUCAAUCCUCCUGAACAGUCCAGAUGUUGAUAUUGGCCCAGAAUUAUCUGCACUAAAAGAAUUCACAAAGAAUUUCCCACCGGAGCUUAAAGGUUUAGCUAUCAAUAACAGUGAAGCAAUUCGCACAGCUCAUAAUAGUUUUGCAAGACCUGAGCCAUUUGUGCCCGAGGAGCAGAAAGCUGCUGGAAAAGAUGAUGAUGUAUAUCAUUUUAUCAGCUAUAUACCUGUGGACGGUGUGUUGUAUGAGCUUGAUGGAUUGAAGGAGGGACCAAUCAGUCUUGGACCAUGCCCUGGUGGGCAAGGUGAUAUUGAGUGGUUGCACAUGGUGCAACCAGUUAUUCAGGAACGUAUUGAGAGGUAUUCCCAAAGUGAAAUAAGAUUCAAUCUGAUGGCUGUAGUAAAGAACAGGAAAGAGGUGUAUACUGCAGAGCUGAAGGAGCUUCAAAAGAGGAGGGAGCGUAUUCUGCAGCAGGUGGCUGCAUCCCAGUCGGAGAGAAUGGUGGAUAGCAGCCCGGUGGAAUCACUAAAUAAAUCCUUAGCAGAGGUAAAUUCUGGUAUUGAAGCUGUUAGUGAUAAGAUAUUGAGGGAGGAGGAGAAGUUCAAGAAAUGGAAAACUGAAAAUAUCCGUCGGAAGCACAACUAUAUACCCUUUCUGUUCAACUUUUUGAAAAUUCUAGCUGAAAAGAAGCAGCUGAGACCUCUUAUAGAGAAGGCCAAACAGAAAACCACCAAUCCUAGAUGAAAUUGUCGUAUUUGAUCUAGUGUUGUUAUGACUGGUUUUGAGUUAACCUCAGGAUUAACACCUCAUACAUUUCUUCUCAAUUUACUGUUUCAUUUGUGGUUUUUAACUGUGUUUGUUUAUGUGCCUGUUUGAGAGCUGCAUGCUCCCCAGGCCAAGUUUGAGCACCAAUUUCAACUUUUAGUUCUUGCUGAAGGCAAUACUAAUUUGGUGUUA